AAGCAGUUUAUGGAAGAAAAGGAGGAAGAAGCACGACAACUCAGAUGGGAGAAGUGGCAACUUGAAUACGCUGAAGCGAAACACAGAGCUCUGGAGUUCAAAGCCUAUUGGGAAAGAAGACACAAGGAUGACAAAGAUCUAUGGAGAGACAAGGAUUUCGCAAAUGCUGUUGACAAGAUGAGUCGAGCCGGCUACAAAGGAGUGCACGGGAAUUUCGACGUACCUGAGGAAGACAAGACGAAACUCGAAGCGCUUUACAUGCAGGUCACCGUCGGCGAUUACGAUGGAAACAGUGCGCUGAGUUGUGCCGAUGAGUGGAAAAAACUGGUAGGGAAGACAAAAAUCGAGGCGCAGAAUGAGUUUAUUGAACACUCGAACCGAAUGCUAACUCGAUACGGCUGGAAUCCUCCAGAGGGUUGGGUCUAA